GUAAAGAACAACAAUAUUAUUUGCUGGGAGUGAUUCGAUUGGAUUACAAGAUUAUUGACCUGUAUGAUGAGAGUCUCUACCUUGUCGACCUUAAUGUAUCACUGUGCUGGGAAAGUUACAAACCCUGUAGCUUUGUUGCAGCAAUUUUCAAAAAUUCUAUCCUUCCAAAGAAAACAUGCAUGGGUCAGCUAGACUAUGACAAACCAGGAUUUUCUUUGUCAAACUACAGCCUAGAUAAUCAGCUUGAUCUGAACAAUUUGACAGAAAGAGAUUUGGUCUAUCUGUAUGAUUAUAUGGGGAUAUCUAGCUACGUAUCAAAUGCUUCAUGUAACAGACAAAAGAAUGAAUCUAUGUAUGCUAGCAAUGGAUGGAAUAAUGAAUGUCCCACCACAGUAACUCCCGAACUGUCAUCUUUGCCAGACUAUGUGACCUGUCAUAUGAUGUCCAGUUGUACCAGUAUUAGCUGUUGUAUGGACUUAACCAGGCUAAAAUCUCAGUCAGUCCAGUUCUACUUAAUGAUGGACUCGUGUGAAUGGGUGAUUGAGUACGGAAUUGAUAAAUUUAGUGUAAGACCAACCAUAAUGUAUGAUUUCAAGUUUGAUGAAUGGCAUGAUUAUUGGAUGAAGGGGAUAUACAGGUUAAGGUUUAUGGUCACACAUCUUCAAGGAGCAGACACUUUCAGAGUGACUCUUAGAUUUAUGGUUUGCUUAGAAGAUGGAUUACCUUGUGAACAAGAAGUUACAGUACUAAAUAACACACUUCUUCCCAAAUCAUCCUGUAAUUGGAAGAUUGGAAUCCCAGUGGAGGAUUUCACAUUCAGUUCAUGGAAGACACAGAAUAAGUACACAACAAUGGAAGAACACAGCAUUGCUAGACUGGAGGAGGAGCUAGGAAUGCAUGGGUACCUGUAUAACUCCACCCAAGUCUGUGAAAGAACAUCAGGAAUAUUUGCCUCCCCUUCUGCUGGAUGGACGAAUGAUUGCCCGAUUGCCCUUCCCAAUAAUGUACCUGUUGUAAGAGGAGCCAUCACGUGUAACCUGGGAGCCUCCUGUUCUGAUGUGGUGUGUUGUCUGUACGCUGAACCUCUGAUGAAACACGUAACUAUCAGCCUCAGUCUGGAUUACUGUCAAGACAGAAUCCGUGUCGGGAUAGACAAGUUCACCAGGGAAAUACAGCCUAGCUCAUACAACAACUGGGGUACAGAAGAAAUGCUAGACAUGAGUGAAAUUUAUCAACUAAAAUACACACUUGAGGAUCUACCAAAUGCCAACAUGUACUUGGUCAGUUUUUCCAUUCGUUCUUGCUGGGAAGGUCCCUCUAAUUGUGAGGAAUACAUUGUUCUCUCCAACACCAGACUGCCAAAGUCUAAAUCCCAGCCAUAUUGUAACUGGAAAUCGGAGGAACCUAUUCCAGCUUUCUCUGUAAAGUCUUGGCUGGCCACCAAUGGAUAUCCAGAUUCCACACCACUGAAAGGAAAUGCAUUACAGGAUCUAAUGGAAGUUCUACAACUGUCCAGGUUUAAGGAGAAUAGGGACUGUAACGUAACAGGAGCUCCAUUUGUUCCUGUCAACAGCAACGACUGGAAUUCUGAGUGUCCUGUUAAUGAGAGUUUGAGAACCCUUAACAGUAGUGUUGUCUGCCAUCUUCCAAGUCUUUGCACAGGAUUAGAGUGUUGUGUUUCAAGCAGUGUCUUAGGAUUAUAUUUCCACACUUUUCUUCAAAUUGAUACCUGUACUUCAGAAAUAAUUGUUGGCAUUGAUAGAUGGACAUUCAGGGAGGUAUCAAUGGAAAUAAACAAAAUGUUAUCAGCAACCUGUCGAAUCUCUGGCCUUCCAUACAACAUGAAGAAGAAGACAUACUGUGUGGUGGGGCCCAGGUGUACAUCUAUGACAUGCUGUACUGAGGAUCCAGAGAUGGAGACCACAUUUACUUGGUUUAUUGAUGUUGACUCCUGUAAUCUUGAAUUGACUCUUGGAAUUGAGGAAUUUCGGAAGAAAAUAUCUCUUCUUGAGUUUGAAUUUGGACAAAAAAACCAAUUUCAUCUCAAGGGAAUAUAUAGAAUAAGCUAUGUCAUCUAUGACUUGAUCCUUGACUCUCACUACAUGAUGAGUGUUAACCUAAGUGUGUGUUAUGAACCAGACAACUGCACCUUGACAGAAAUCAUUGUCAGAAAUGUGAUGUUUCCAAAGCCUGUGUGCAACUUUAUGGCCAAAGAUUUUUUUAUUCCAAGUUUCUCAAUGUCUAGUUGGUUGGCAGAGCAUGCCUUCAGACCAAAUUCCACAUUACCAUUGUAUGGUCAGUUAGAACUACUGGAGGAUCUGGGUCUGGCUCAGUACAUGAAAGACAAACAGUGUCAAGAAACAGAUGACAUUUACAGAAGUCACACAGAUAGAUGGACUAAAGAUUGUCCACUCAGUGUGUUGACUAGCCCCCUACCAGCUGGACUACUGUGUCACCUACCCUCUACAUGUACAGCUGUCCACUGCUGUAUAACCACACACACACCACUACAGAGGUCCCUCAGCACUGUCUUAGAUUUGGACCCUUGUAAUCAAAGGAUUUCACUGGGCAUUGAAAACUUUGUUCAUGAGAUCUCACUUUAUGACUUCCAGUUUGGUGUUGAACAUCACUAUGAUCUGAGGAAUGUAGUCCAAAUGAAGUACAAAGUGUAUGACCUUAAAGCUGACAGGAAAUACCAAGUGAGCCUCAACAUCAGUCUCUGUCUGGAGUCUUCUGGACCCUGUGUACUGGAUUCCAUGCUGUUUGAUAAUGCUUUAUUGCCAAAGAAACCCUGCAGUCUAAAUACUGGAUAUAUUCAGAAGAACUUUUCCUUAUCACAGUGGAUGAUUCAGCAUGGAAGAUUAAAUCAGAAUCUAACAGAUUUAGACAUUGCAUUACUCAAGGAAGAUUUGGGAAUAUCAGAAUACUUAGGAGAGUCUUGCUUUAAAAAAUCCACAAUAUAUUUUCCACAUAAAAAUUACUGGAAAGAUAAAUGUGGUAAAGUGUCAGGAAUGAGUCAGUUCACAGAAUCUGACGACAUCAACUGUUACCUGUCUGACACCUGUACCACUGUGUCAUGCUGUGUGGAGGACUCUGUACUAAAGAGGAACAUAGAGACCAGGGUCAGCAUCGAUCCAUGUAAAUUCACCAUGAAACUAGAGAUAGAAAAACUGCAGUUCAACAUCAGCCUGAUGAACUUUACUUGGGGUGAACUCAUGACAGUAGAUUUGUAUGGAAUUUACAAGAUAAGUAUUUUGAUGGAGAAUUUUUACAAUGAACGCAAAUAUUUGAUGAGUAUGAACAUCAGUCAGUGUUACGAGUCGUCACAAAAUUGCCACUUAGAUUUGGUUGUCUUCAAGAAUUCAUUGAUACCAAAGGGGAUAUGUAGUUGGUCAAUGGAUUUCAAUAUGAAAGAUUUUUCUUUGUACAAAUGGAGAUCUGAUAGAAAACUUGGCAAUAUCAUUCCUGAUGAAUAUUUACUACAACUUAUGGAUGAAACAGGACUAGCAGGAUUCAUCAAACAACCAAUGUGCAAUAGGUCUGAUGGUGUCUAUCUUAACACUGUUAAUGGAUGGACAAGUGAUUGUGGAAUGAAUAUGAGUCUACCAUAUUUGAAUACCGACUAUAGUUGUCACAUGCUUGCCACAUGCUCUGGCAUCCGGUGUUGUCUCUAUUCCUCGCAACUGAGAAGAAAUUUUGAAGUUUAUUUCGACAUAAAUAACUGCACUGAAAGUCUCAGUAUCCAAAUAGAAAAGAUUUUCCACAACAAAACUUUGAAUGAUUUACAAUGGGGAGAGCCUGAACUAUUUAGUAUCUUUGGAGUUUACAAUGUAAGAUAUACAAUUGAAGAUUUGAAAGAAAAAAGGGCAUACCUUGUGUCCAUGCAUGUGAUGGAACGAUAUGAAGCUAAAUUACCUCUAAAGGAUUCUGCAAAAACCUUUAAGAUUCUGGAUAGGAUGUUGUUUCCUAAAGGCAUUUGUUCUGGAAAUGAAGGUUUUGUUAACCCAGAUUUCUCUCUGAAAGGAUGGCUUAUAAAGAACAGCCUAGUCAAUGUUUCGGAACUAAUGCAAAAAGACUACAUGGUGUCCAGGCUUAUGGAUGAAAUGGCCAUUUCACAAUAUUUAGAAACCCCUCAUUGCAGGACUACAUCAAAGUAUGCUGUUGGUGGAUGGAUUACAUCUUGUAUGAAGAAUAUAAUCAAACCCAACAUCUCUGGGGCAGUAUGCCACCUAAAAGAGGAUUGUACAUCAACAGAAUGUUGUGUGGAGGUUGAGUACAUGACUCGUAAUAUCAAGACCUACCUUAACAUAGACCCAUGUAGUUCAGAACUCCAAGUUAGCAUAGAGAAAUUCAGCAGGAACAUUUCAUUGACACAAUACAAAUGGGGACAAUUUGAUAAACUUCAGCUAGGAGGAAUAAUUAGAUUAGAAUUCUCAUUGGAUGAUUUUAAGGAUGCAAACUUCUAUGUUGUCAACAUGAAUUUGAGCAUUUGCUUUGAAGCAAAUCAACCAUGCCAGACAAGUUUCAUGGUCUAUAAAGACACGGUGCUUCCAAAAAGGAGAUGUCCACAGGAUAUUAAUAUGGGUUUCUCCCUUUCUGAAUGGAAGCAAAAAGAAAAGGUGUCCAAUAGCACACAGAUUCCUGCAUGGGCAAAAUAUCUUUUGCUAGAGCAUCUUGAUAUAGCACAAUACAUGGAACCUUCUCCUUGUAAGAGGGGAGCUGGGAGAUUUUCUAAACCAAUAUCAACAGGAUCAGUAAACAUGUGCCCGUUAGAAGUGGAUUUGGUGAAUCGAUCCUUAGAUGCCCGAUCUGCCACUCUAGUGUCCUGCUAUCUCCCCUCACUGUGUACUGGGUUUCACUGCUGUGUAGAUGUUCCAGACUUCAACAUGUCUUUCAAUGCUUAUCUCUCUGUGGACCCCUGUAAUUAUAUGUUCACUGUCGGCAUCGAGAAGUUCACUGUCAGUAAAUCAUUAGACCAGUUCAAGUUUGGAGAAGAUGAGGUGUUUUCUCUGGCUGGUAUUUUGAAAAUAAUAUACAACCUACGAGACCUGCAUAAUGAGAAAGCAUAUCUUGCAACUGUCAAGCUCAGUGUCUGUACAGAAAGCUCUUCAUGUGAAGCCAACCAUACAAUAUUUAACAAUGUGCUGCUCCCAAAACAACCAUGUGACUGGAAUGAAGGAUUUGUCAACUCAAAUUUCUCUGGGUCUGCUUGGAUGAUCAACAAUGGAUACCUUCCUCCACUGAAUAAACACCAAUCAGCAGAGCUGAUGAGAGAAAUGAGGACUGCACAGUACCUGUUGUCUGAAUCUUGUCGAGAUCAAGAAAUAUAUAAUUUCUCUGCUUUAGAGGAUGGCUGGAAUAACUUCUGUCCUAAUGUCCAAGUUAACAACCUGACCUCUGCCCCUAUUGGAUGUUACUUGGAUUUCAGCUGUAGCUCCAUCAACUGUUGCAUCAUUGUGGAAAAAAUGGGAAGGUCAUUCAGUGUUCAUCUUAAGCUUGAUCCGUGCUCAAAGAGGAUGAUGGUUUAUUUAGAAAGGCUGAAAAUAGAGGUUGAUUUGCAAGAGAUUGAAUAUGGUAAGGUUGAACACUACAGUCUAUUUGGAAUGAUAAAAAUGAACUUGGUGCUGUAUGAUCUUCCCUUUGAUCAUGCAUACCAGAUGGACCUAAAUGUUAGUGUGUGUUUUGAAAGUAGAGGAAACUGUGAUGUUGAAGUCUCGGUGUUGAAAAAUGCAAUUCUUCGUAAAUCAGAAUGUGACUGGACAAAGAGUUUGGAAGGGUUUUCCUUAAAGAAAUGGUUCAAGAGCAUUGGAGUGAAUUAUUCUUCCAAUUCUUCGGUAUCAAGCACUCUGCAGGAUCUGUUGUUUGAAGAUAGAGGAAUUGCUAAUGUGAUGAAGAAAGUCUCCUGUGAUUUAUCAGGUCCUCUGUACAACACAACAGUUUCAGUCAAUGGAUGGAUAAAUGACUGUCUGAAAGACCCCUUCUUACCUAUUUUACCAAAUGGAACGACAUGUGUCUUUCAACCAUCCUGCAGUGCAUUAUCCUGUUGUAUGGAGGUGACAAAAUUGAAUGAGAGAACUAUUGAAGUAUCUGUGGAAUUUGAUGAAUGUUCCAAUUUUUUGAAACUCACCAUUGAAGGACUGUCCCAGACAAAAUAUCUGCAUAACUUUGUAUAUGGCAUGACAGAGAAAUUCUCAUUAAAAGGAAUCUUUGAAGUUACGUACUCAAUUACCAGAGAUAUGCAAAAUAGAAGAUACUUGUUUGAUCUUGAUGUGGCAGCAUGUUUUGAAGAUGGAGAGUGUGAACAAAAUUAUACCAUAUUAAAUCAGACAAAUAUUCAAAUGAAGAUUUGCAAGUAUCAGGAUGGGUUUUUUAAUUCAAAUUUUUCACUAAUGCAUUGGAUGGGAAAUAGAUCCAUUGACCAAGUACAAAACAUCAAACGUUCACAAGCAAGUGAAUUGUUAUUAAAUCUUGGGCUUGAUCACUUCUUGACAACAUCAGAAAAGUGUUCAUUGUCAGACAGUGUGUAUGGAGGUGUUGACACAAAUGGAUGGAACAAUGAGUGUAAAUUGUUUCCCAAUGACACUUUAACCGACAUCAGUGACACAGACACAGUCCGUUGUCAUGUGCCGUCCUCCUGUGAUAGGGUUAUGUGUUGUGUGUACAUACAACCCGUCCAGAGACAUGCACAGAUGGAGCUCAUCAUAGACACGUGUACCUAUGACAUGGAAGGCGUCAUCGACAAUCUCAAAGUACCAUACAGAAUACUUGACCGUGAUUGGGGUAGAUGGGAAGAAAUUGGUAUACAUGGUGUUGUUCAUUGGGGAUAUCAUGUGACUCCUGUCUCAUCAAAAAAGAAAUUUUUAGUGGAUGGAACAAUAAGAUUGUGUUUUGAAAAAGAAUUCUGUAAAACCAACCUGACAGUAUUCAGUAAUUUACCUUUCCACUUUCAAACCUGUAAUGCUAGUGAUGGAGAACUACCAUUCAAAGGAAUAAGUUAUGAUUUCUGGAAAGCAACAGAGUGUCCAAAUUCGGAAUUUAAUGCAUCAGCUUGCAGUUCAACACAGAUAAAUAGGAUACCAACAGAUGGACAAAAGUAUUGUCAUUAUCUAAGUAACUGCACAGGGAUUGAAUGCUGCUUUGACAGUGCCUUCUACCAGGGAAACAAGACAAUUUACUUCAAGCUUGAUAUUGGUUGUGAAAAUCUGGAGUUCCAAAUAGAGUCCAAAAGAGUUGUCAAGUCUCUUCCCACAGCAGGCAGUAUUGAAAGUGUAGAGACUUUUGGAGACCUGCCUGACUUUCAGUUAAACUACACAAUCACUGAAAAUUCUUCAAAUUACCUAAUUAAAGCAAUCCUAAUAAUCCAAGGAAUUAUUAAUGACCCUUCAGGAAAGAUAAAUUACACGAUCUUGGAUAUGAAUUCCUCAAUAUCUCCUCCAACCGGCUGUUCACAUAACAUCACAAUGAGAGGACGAAAAAAGAGAUCACUUGAAGUUAUCAAAUUGGAUCCAGCAAACUUUAAAGAGGGUCUUAGAACACUUUUGGAAACAAAUGCAUCAAAUGAGGAAAUUGAGAACUACAUACGGAGUGUUCAGAACCAUGAUAGGCAAACAAAGCAAGAUAACUUGGCUGCAACUGUGCUUGAAGAAAAUGAUGUUAAAACAGGAUUGAAAUCUGCCAUUAUUGCUUUGAGAUCCAGUAACCCUUUUACAAUACACAAUGCAGGGGAAGUCACUAAUACAGUUACUGUAAAAGGAGGAGAGGCAAUCAGAAAUAUGUUGGGAAAAGCAGUUUCUGACAUAGUUGGUCGUGUUAAACAAGCUUUCAUUGUUGGAAAUGGUUUGUCAAAUGAAGGAGUAAGGCUUUUGGGACAAAAGUUGGCUUGCAUGACAAUUGGAGACUUGGAAUCCUUGUUGGAUCUCAAAAACAUAGACCCAGUCAAAGUUGCUGAGCUACUUAAGGAACUUGGAGAUUUAGCGAAGGCCCUGUAUUCUGAAAUCUUAAACAAGAUCCUUACCAAUGGGACAAGUAUUUUCAAAAGCCUUGAUUUGAGAAUAGAAGGGGACUUCAGUUUUCCCAGACACACAAACACCCUUUUCCAUUAUCAGACAUCAAUUCCACUUGGAGGUCUUCUCACCCUGUCAUUUGGUUUUGGAGCCAAUUAUUAUUAUGGUGUCAAAUUUGUUGUUGGUGCAAAACUUCUAGAAAUGAAAGGAUAUGUUACAAUAGUUCCCAAUGGUGGAGUCUCAGCAUAUGGAUUUGUUAGUGUUGGCUUUAUUCUUUAUGGAGAAUUGCGUCUCACUGGACAGAUCAUGGAAGUAGGGUUUCCAACUACUGCUGAGAUAACAUUUAAUAAAUUUCCACUAGAUGUGAAUCUUCAAAUGUUUCUUCAACUCAGACCAUUAAGACUAACUUUGGAGGGAUUAGUGACAUUGAAGAUACACCUAAUUUUCCAUACAUUUAAAAAGACUCUUUUUAAGCAUAGGAUUUGGCAUUAUGAAACACCUGUCAUACAGAAAAAAAUUAUAGAUACCCACAAAAAGGAGAAAGACAAAACACCACCACAGAUCAAAAGUUUUGGGGGAGUGACAAGACCAGGGGAAUGUAAAGUGCUGCAGGCAGCAGGACGUGACCACACAGAUCCAGAAUUUAAGUUGGAUCUUGACGCAGAGGAUGACCGCAGUAAUGUGAUCCUGACUCUGGAUGUAGGAACUGUACCUGGUGGCUCAGAUGUUGUCUAUCGAAAAGAACUUGGAGGAUUUUCAACUUCAUUGACAGAGAUUUUGAACCCUUCUGGAGUUCCUCUGUAUUUCACUGUACAUGUGGCCAAUGAAGCGGGUGUGAGUGUACCUGCCACCUGUCAGUUGGAGACCUUUGACAUGACCAUUCCUGGAGGGAGAAUGUCAGAAGCCUUCAGAUCGACCAGUAACCCCCGAGUGAUGAAGGGACUAGUCACUGUGUAUGAGGACUCCCCCAUAACCCAGGUUCUGGUGGCUGUGGGGUACGGCAGGGACAUCUGGGGAGAGCAGAUUGUCAGGUGGAAUCAAACCAGCAUUGCAGCAAAUACGGUCAACUAUGAUGUGGGUUAUGAUCCCUUAAACCUAAAAGUUAUGACACUUUUUAGUGAUGGAAGAAGUGGUAAACUUGUAGGAAGGCAUAUUCUCUUUAAAGAAUAUGACAGUCUUUCCACUCCAGGUGAAUGUGCCACUCACUGCAACAAGAUGCAUGACACUAAGUGUCUGAGCUUCAACUAUGACUUUGGCAGUGGCCAUUGUGAGCUCUUAGAGGCAAUAGAAGGAUAUAAUUUUAAGAUAUCAAAGGAUGGACAUUACAUGCACUAUGAAAAAUUAGGAGUUGGUUCAAACAGAAAAUUUGAAUACAAUGAUUUGGACCUUCAGCACAACACAAUGUACUAUUUCAAUAUUCAUGUGAAAAAUUCUCUUGGAUUUGAGAAUAUUUUAUCUUCUGAAUCAAUCCUCACAGAUUUCACACCACCUGAUCCAACUGAAGCUCAAAUAAACAUGACGAGUGAUGUACUAGAGGUGUCCCCUUGUCUGGACCUCAUUCCUAAUGACAGACAAGAUUGGGAGAGACACUGUGUUGGGGUAGAUCCCUCCAGAAGGAACCACCGCAUCGUCAUAGAUGGGGAGGGGUCAGACACUGUAUACAAUGGACACGAGUUCAAGACCGACCUGAAGUACACCAGAGCUAACCGAUAUAUCUCAGCUAACUGGGAUGGUAUCUAUGACAAUGAGACUGGAUUGCUUGGUUACUCUGUGACAGCUGGAGAGAAAAUUUGUGAAGAGAAAAUCAAGGCCCACCACGAUCCUCAUGCUCAUCUGUUUGAUGAAUCCCAGUGGACAAACAGUGUGAUGAUGACUCCAUUGGAAGCUCCUUACACCAUUCUACCAGAUGGAGCAUAUUUCAUAACAGUGAGAGCUAUCAACAAAGUGAAAUAUGGUGGGCCGCUGGCUACAACAUUCUGUCAUUCAACUCCAUAUAUUGUAGAUAACUCACCACCUCUGAUUUAUGAAAUCUACAAUAUUUACUAUGAUGAAGAGCAAUUCAAUCUUAGUAUAACCCACAAUUCCUCAGACCCAGACUCGGGACUUAAACGGAAUGAUCUGUGCCUGGGAAGAACUAGAAGAGAUUGUGAUGAAAUGAUGUGGACCACCAUAGAUUUCAAUCCCAACAUCACCAUGUUGAAGAAGCUGACAGAGGGAGUUCCUGUGUGGAUUAAAAUCAAAGCUGUCAACAAAGUUGAUCUAAGCACCAUUGCUGUGUCUGAUUCACCCAUCAUUGUGGACCAAUCUCCUCCUAUUGCUGGAAAGGUGAAUGAUGGAGAGGUUUAUAAAAAGGAUUUGCAAUACACAAUGUAUCCAAACAAGAUUUGCAGUAACUGGGAAGGUUUCUAUGAUCCACAGUCUGGUAUAGCUAUAUAUAUGGUUAGUGUGGGAUCUUCUCCAAACACAACAGAUGUAGCUAACCUGACACACUUUUCAAGCAAAGUUCACUUUGCCUGUGUGGAGCUAGACCAAGACAAAUACUUAGAGCACAACAAGAAAUACUUCUCAAAAGUGUAUGCAUUCAAUGGUGCUCACGAACAACUCAAUGUUUCCAUGGUCUCUGAUGGGGUGUUGGUGGACUUGACUGAGCCAGUAGCUGGAGAAGUGGUGGACGGGUCAGCAGAGGACUUCACUGACCUACAGUUUACAACAAGCCAGGCUAAAAUAGAACUUCAGUGGAGAAAUUACUUGGAUCCAGAGUCCAACAUCAGUCACUAUGAUGUCAAGGUUUACAGGGCCAAAAAUAUGACAUACGAUUAUGAACCUAUCUAUGACUGGGCCCCAUUCCCCAGCACAGCCAAUGGUGUGAAGUGGUUAAAGUUCCACCAUAGUCAUGGAGAUAGAAUUCAGACCUCUCUCCGCACCACAAACAAAGCUCUCAACUCCAUUAUCAACAACACUAACAGUUUUGUGGUUGACAUAACACCCCCACAUCUGCAUUAUCUUUGGGAUGGUCUCCAAUCUAAAGAUCAGGAAUUCCAAUCUGCAACAGACCAGCUUUCAGUCAGUUUCAAGUAUUCAGAUAAAGAAUCUGGCAUUGAUCAUAUCAAAAUUCAGAUCUACGAAGUUUCACAUGGUACCAAGAAACAAAAAUACCCAGUUAAGAAAAAUGAGUGGAUGAGCUUGUCUAGGACUGCACUUUCAUCUUAUACAUGGAAUGGACUGUCCCUUAUAAAUGGAGCAAGAUACAGCAUGAGGGUAGCAGCUAUUAACUAUGCAGGAUACCUAGCUUCAUUUGAAACCAAUGGAGUUAUCAUUGACACAUCAUCUCCUCUUAUAUCAUGGCUGAAAAUCGGAACUGUUGGAAAUUCGAGGGAACAUAGAGUAGAUGGAUAUGUUUGGGUGUCAGAUAAGAAAGGUAUCCAGGCCUCCUGGCUCUGUAAGGAUCAUGAAUCAGGUGUGAUUGAGUACACAGUCGCUAUAGGUACAUCUCCAGGAGGUGAUGAUGUUUUGGCAUGGAAGUCUGUUGGAACAGAGAGCAGUCAGUAUAUAACAGGAUUUACUUUAGAGGUCACAAAUCAGACAACUAAAUCUCCCACUUAUUAUUUGUCGCUGAAAGCUAAGAAUGGAGCAGGCCUGGUCAGUCCACUGGCCACUGUGUCCACUCCUAUCAUGGUCAUGGAGGAGGACAAAGCUGGUUUGGUUGUUGAUGGUGCUGACAACAUUGAUAAGAUUGUUGGUGAGGAUGCCGUCGUUGACUUCACAUCAGACACGGAUUAUCAACUGGACACUACCACUGUUACCGUCCAGUUUACUGGGUUUGAGAGCACCAUGCACGGAGUGAUGCAGUUUGAGAUGGCUGUGGGGACUGAACCAAAUGGAGAGGACAUUCUGGCCUUCACAGAGGCAAAUGUCAUCCAUCUGGAGGAACUGGAUCCUGUCGGAAAAGGCUUGACAAGUUCUGGAUAUGCCCAGAUUAACAUACCUCUGAAACCUGAGAGAACAUACUACACCACAGUGCGAGGAAUAACAAAUAAUGGAAAUGUACUACAAACAAGUUCUGAUGGAUUUACUGUGGACCAGACCUCUCCUACUAUUGACAUAGAUAGGUUGUCUGGGAAAUCAGCUCAGGAAAUGGACAUUUCAGAUGACAGUCUGGUUUAUGAAUCAACAGAUGAUGCCCUGUCAGCCAUGUGGCAUUACAAUGACUCUGAGUCUGAAGUAGUGAGAGCUUGGUAUGCUGUGGGAACUUACCCAUUCUCUGAUGAUCUCAGUGAGAGAAAGGAGGUGGAGAUAUCAACCACAUUGUCCAGCUAUCUAGGAAACAAUGAAAUGGAGCCAGAUAUUUUUGGGAAACCUAAUAUCAUAAGUGUAUGGGCUGAGAACUCUGUGGGGUUGGUUACCCAGAAAGCCACAGGAACCGUUGUGAUAGAUAAAACACCACCAACUACUGGUAAUGUGACUUGUCCUGGAUAUUUGCAGAAAUAUGUUCCUGUAGUAUGUACUUGGACUGGGAUCAUAGACACUGAAUCUCCAAUCAAAGAAUUCCAUGUCAUGAUGGGUACUUCAAAGGGAGAUGACUCUAUUUUCUCUGGAGGGGUUGUUCCUGGCAAUGUGCAAACAUUUACAUUGCAAGGUGUUGGAAAGAAAAUGCUUCAUGGUGUGGAGUAUUUUGUCACAGUCACAGCAGUAAAUUAUGUUGGCAUGACAACUAGUGUGUUUUCUAAAGCCAUAGUAGUAGACCUGACACCCCCACAGUCUGGUAUGGUUGUUGACCUGAACUCAGUCUACCGCAUUGAUGCUUCUAGCACAGAAAACACUGUGGCCAUGAAUGCCAAGAUAUGUCAUUCAGAAAAAGAGUGCCGAGCCUUAGAUGCUGUGUGUACCGAGUCUUUGACUUCUCUCUCUGUAACAUGGAUACCAUUUACUGACCCAGAGUCCAGUAUUGUGGAGUACCAGAUAGCUGUAGGUACCUCUCCUGGAGGAGGUCAGAUCAAAGCUUUCUACAGCAUUCCAGCUGACAGUAAACACCACACAGUCACAGAACUCAACCUGGACGGAUACAGACAGGUAUUUGUGUCUGUCAAAGGAAUCAAUGGUGCUGGUUUAUCAAGUGUUGCUACUUCAAAUGGUGUCUACAUGUCCUACCUCAGUCAAGGGAGACCACCCCUGUCACAUAUAGGAGUCAUUGAAAUGGUCAAUGGAGAGCAUAUUGAUGUAGAUUAUCAAACAGACCCGACUACCAUUCAGGCAACCUGGGAUGUGUCUGGAGACCCCUGUCCAGUCGUUCAAUAUGAAUGGGCAGUUAGGAGGCUGGAUGGACUAGAAAUAUCAAGUUAUUUGAACAUGGGAUUGAAAACAUAUGGUUUGAUUGAUGGACUAAACUUAAAGAAUAAAGAAACUUACAUAAAUUUUGUUCGAGUCAGAAAUGCUAUAGGAUAUCAGUAUGAACUCCGGUCAACUGGGGUAACCAUUGAAUCCACCCCACUUCUGCCUGGUAAGGUGUAUGAUGGAGAUAUAGAUGGAUUUGACCUCAAUUAUCUCCCUCUAAAAACCAGGGUCUCAGCAAAUUGGAAUGGAUUUGGUCUUCCAUCCAAUGCCAUCGUACAAGUUGAUGUGGAAAGUGGUAAACCAGGACUUCAAAUUGACAAAGUAAAGAUAAAUCAACAAGAUAAGAGUCAACAAGUGGCUUAUUACUUAGUCGCUCUUGGUACAGACAGACGCUUCAACAAAACACGUGACAAUGUGGUGCCAUACCUAAAUGUGGGGACAAAUACUUCAGUUACAUUUUAUGAUUUGGAUCUUUCUCUUGGAGAUGCUGUGUACUACUUUUCAGUAUAUGCUGUCAGCAAGUCAUUUUCUAAGACAUUGGUAACAUCCAAUGGGUUCUAUGUUGGCUAUGAUGGAGGAGUAACUGCUGGAACCAUAACCCUCCCUACUCGAUAUAUUUCCUCCCAGGACACCCUGGAGGUCCAAUAUGAAGGAUUCUCAUCUAGACUUGGAAUACUGAUGUAUUACAUAGCCAUCUCAAACACUACAGAUGCCAAUUUUACCAACUGCAAAGAAUUUAUUUCAGACCAUGGCAUUCCUGAUUCUAAAAGGCAGAAUUUGUUUUCUGAGAUGGAUGUUAGAAAUGUGGGGAAAAAUACGUAUGAAAAAUUUGACGUUCAGUUGCAACACGGGAAGACUUACUUUGUCUGGGUAAUAGGUACAGACAAGUCUGGAGAAUGUGCUAUGUCCAAUACUAAGUUUACAGUGGACAUAACCAAACCAUUGGUUGGCAUUGUAAAGACAGGUCCUUGGUAUAAUAUGCCUGUUGCUUACCUAACAAAGAAUAAUACUGUAGCUGUUCAGUGGGAGAAGUUUGAAGAUCGUGAGUCUGGAAUAUGUCAGUAUGAAGUAUCUCUAUGGAAUAAUACAUCUUGCAAUGUGACCAGUACAGAACAGAUUGUAGUUGACUGGAUACAUCUAUCAAAGAAGUACACAUCUUACCAGUUUAUUGAUCUAGGCUUACAGAUAAAUAUAUCCUACUUUGUAAAAUUACGAGUGACAAAUUGUGCGGGAAUAUCAAGUACAGCCAACACUCCACCAGUUUUACUUGAUUAUACCAAACCAAUAGCUGGAGUGGUUAAAGAUGGAAAGGAUUAUCAGACCGAUGUCUUAUGGUUUUCAGACACAACUGAAGUUUAUGGAACCUUUCUUCAUUUUGCUAAUCCCACUCUUCAAGAAAAUCCCUGUCCAAAUCAAAUAAUCAGAAUCAAAGAUCCUGAUUGGAAGAUUUUGCACCAUCUUGGCAUGCUGGAUGAUGAAGGGGAAUUCUGGAAAAUCAAGUAUGAUGAGAAAUAUGUGAUUCCAGCAGCAGUGGAAGACAAAAUUCAGAUCAAACUAGUACUUACCAAGGAUGCCACAGACCAUCCAAUAUUUGGAUCAGGUGCCAUCUACAGGAGAGCAGAACUUUAUAAUGGAGGCACAUACAAAUUUAGACUAAGAGCAGCAGAUAAGGAUGGAGAUGCUGUAACAGAAAUUUUAUUUUGGGAUGGACCAGAGAGAGGCUUUGCAACAUUUAAGUACACUGAAGAAAAAGAAUUCAUUGGAUGUGGAUGCUGUUAUGAUAAUCCAAUUCCAAAGAUGUGUGAAGGCUGCAACUGUACUGAUUACAUUCUUAACAAAGGUUUUCUUUUGAAUGAGACUUUCACCACCACAACCACCACUACACAGGCCCCAGACAACAGAACCUACCCGCCUUAUGAUGUGGUGGAUGAACAGGGCUCUAGUGUCAUUGAUAAACCAGAAACAAUCCGAAGUCUGGCUUACGACUCUUGUGGAAUACAAAUCUACUCAGCUGAUAACCGUUCUGAUGCAAGUGCAUUUAUUGUAUCUUGGUGUCGUUAUGUUAACAAUACCAGACAAAUGAGCAAGUUAAAGACAGAAAUCCAAAUCAAUCCCAGUGAUGAUUUUUAUAACUACAAGAUUGAUUUUGUCGUAAAGAACGAAGAUUCAGUGUCUACCAAAUGGUGUAUGAUGGUGUAUGUGGAGGAAGAGUUUAUCAAUGAAAUCUGUGAUGUUCCACAGUUGUCCACCAAUGCAUUGUUAUUUUUCCAUGUCUUCAAAAGACACAAUGAGAUCCCACCACAUGAAGACAGAUUCAGUGUUUGGUCAACUAAAGCUUCUCUGUCUGGUCUAGAGAUGCCCCCCGCUGUAGGGACCCUGUGUAGGUCUGGUCCUCAGUUCAUCAGUUAUACCAAUCCUAUCAUGUUGUAUGAAGCUGGAGUCGGAACAUCUCCAUUGUUAACUAAUGCAGUGGAAUUCACACCGAUUGAUCAUCCCUGCAUUCCCUGUUAUGGUGAUUGCUCCCAUUAUGGCUGUGAUGCUGACUGUAAUGCCACAGUAACAGUUCAGAAAUUCUUUACACUGACCAAUAUAAGCUUACCCUCCAAAAGGACAAUCUACAAUGAGACUGGACAUCCAUCAGAAGAACCUAUCUCAUACUACUUAACAGUGAGAGGUACAAGUGGAUCAGGGGACACAGCCAUUGCCUCAUCUGAUGGCUUCUAUGUGGAUGACACCCCUCCUAAAUAUGACCCUGAACUCAUGGAAAAUGCCUUGUACAUUGAUGUUGCACAAGGGGAAAGCACACCAGCUCACUAUCAGAAGUCAAAUGACACAAUUAAAUGUAUAUGGAAGUGUGAUGACGAUGAAAGUGGAGUUGUGGAAUACACCUGGGCCAUAGGAACAACUCCAGGAUCUACAGAUAUCCAGAACUUCACCUCUACAGGACAGAAUGUUGUCGGCAUUAAUGACCAGUUAGGUGGAAUACUGGAACAUGAUCAGACCUACUAUGCCACCAUUACUUGUACCAAUGGGGCUGGUCAUACCACGGUCUUCACUGACACUAGAGGUGUGAUUGUAACUCUGAUCCCUCCAAAGGUAGAAUCAGUAAAUACAACCAUCCCAGGAACUAUCCCUUUUACAGAGGAGGUGUCCCCAAAAGCUUCCUGGCAACAACAUGAUCCAACCACUGUGGGCAUCACCUUCACAAAAUCUGAUGAUCCGUCUGUCAAUAGAUAUGAUCUUUGUGUUGGAUCUGAAGAAAACACGGAUGAUAUCGUUCCAUGUACUUGGGUUGGCUACAACAUGUCUGGAUCAGCUAUAAUCAGAAAUGGAUCCUUGUGGAUAAAUGGCAAAAAACUGGCAAGGAUUUCAGAAUUGAAGUCAGUACAAGACUAUUCAAACCUGACAUACCUUGAAAAUAACCAUUUUUUGAUGCCAGUGGGGAAACAGAUGUUUGUGACCAUGCGUCUGUGCAAUGAAGCCAUGCUAUGUACAAACAAGAGUCUAGGAGUUGUAGUCAUCACCAACAGUGAGUCUGUGAUAGCCACCUCCACCAAUGGAACAGCCAUCAAAGAGAGGCUCUCACUCUCUGUCAGAAAGAGGUCUACUGCUGACCUUGACAUCUCAACUCCAAGUGGUUUGGUCUCUAGGCAAACAAUAAUUGUGACUAAGCUAACACAGAGAGAUCUGGAGACCACAUACAGUUCUGAUGCCUCCACUAACUUUGUACCUUACAUACAAGACCCAGCAACCUCUAAUGACAUGGUCCAGAGGCUUCUGUAUAAGAGGAUGCAUAGUCAGAAAUUUGCCUUCUCCUUUGUAUCACUUGGAAACACUCCAAUGCCUGGACCUGUAACAAUUUCAUAUCCAAAUGCUAUGUCAGGAAUUCAGAAUGGAACAAGAAUUAUGUUGCUUCACUGGAAUCCAAUCAUGCAGUACUGGGAGAUCAGCAGUAAGACCUGCACUCAUCUUACUGAAGAGGAACAAGAGAUGCAUGAUCCUAACACACAAACAAUUACUGUCAAGGUGUGCAAUACAUAUAGUAGAGAAACAGAAAAAUUAAGAAAAAGAAGAUCAAUCCAACAAAAGGGAGAAGAAUACUUCAGAAAAGAAACCAUGUUCAUAUUGGCUGAUGUAGAAAUGACAAUGCAUAAUAAACCACCAGUGCUUAACUGCCAGAACACCAUCUCACUUUUGGAAGAUUCAGGUAUUGUCAAUUACCAGCUUGUGGCCUUUGAUCCUGAAGGAGAUACUGUUCUCUUUGAACUACCUCACCAAUCAUUACAGUUUGGAGUUGCAACAUUGACUCCAGAAGGAUACUUUUCCUACAGUCCAUGCCAGGAUUGUUCUGGUGUAGAAUACAUCAAUAUCGUUAUGUAUGAAAUAGAUGAAGACAUUGAUCCACAGAAUUCAUCAGACAUUCUAGAAAUUCAUAUAGAGGAGGUUAAUGAUCCUCCUAUUGUUUUUCUGCUUUACAAUGGCCAGUCAAUACUUCACGAUGAUCCAACAGAACCUAUCACUGUUUUGCUUGAAGCCAAAAAUGACUUUAACACUGAAAAAUGGAAUGAUACAUGGCAGGCCGUGCUGGGAGCAUAUGAUGUAGAGGAACAUGAUCAUAUUCAGCUGCAUUCUCCUGCAACUUUUCUAGCAAACUUCUCAGUUUUUGGACAGACAAACAGAAAUCCCAAAAUUCCAGAGAACAAGAAGGAUUGUACAAAACAUGUUCCCAAUUCUAUACUUCAACCAUGUGCGGUCAACUUUACUGAUAAAUUGCCUCACAGUGCAGAGAAAAUGUCCUGGCUAAGUUAUACUGUAGAGUUUUCUCAACCAAUGAACCAAUUUGGAAAUCUGACAACUAGCUUCUUCUUUGUGGACAGUUCAAAUGGCACAUCUCUACCAGUGACCAUCAGAUUCGGGAUUAUGGAAUCUCCAUGUCACAAUAUGGGAACUUGUCAACCUACUGGUAUCUAUCCUUGCAAUGACACGCAUAGAACACAAAGUUUUGAUGCCUACUACAGAUGUGAAUGUCUAGGAGGUUACCAAGGGAAAUACUGUACCGAGGAUAUAAAUGAAUGUCUCAGUGAUCCCUGUGUGGCACCCCUCAUCUGUUAUAAUGAAAUCAACCACUACCGGUGCGCAUGUCCUCAGGAUCAGCCAAACUGUGAGCUCCUGCCCUGGAUGAUCGCACUUAUUGUGAUUCUAGUUGUUGCUGCACUAGCUGUCAUAAUUGGUCUUGGCAUUUUCAGAUACAAGGCUAUCAAAAGAAAAGAAGAAUAUGGAAAAAUAUUGCUUGGUUCUAAAGCAUCACUUGAAUCAACAGUCAGCUUCAAAAACCACAUGACAGAUGAUGUAACAGAUCCAGCAACCAAUGCAGAGAGUUCUCAACAGGAAUUUCUGAGUGACAGUGAAGAUGAACAAUCAGAAAAUAUAGAUGUAGAGGACAAAGUUCCACCUAUAGACACCACACAAUCAUUUGAGGUUUUUGCUCGUCACACCUCUACUACAUUCAAACCCUUAAUUCCAGUCGGGGCAAAGUCAUUAAUAUCUACCAGAAAAGUUAAUCUUACAUCUGAAAGUAUGCCAGAAAAAUUAGGGAAAGAGGAAACAAAAGACUUACAGGAAAAAUAUGACGACAACCUUCCAAAAAUAGUGUCUGCUAAGAAGCCAAAGCCAAGUUCUGGUCCCACUGUUUUAAAGAAAAGAAGCAAAGUCCAUCCUUCUUUGGAACUUCAGUCUGCUGUUGAGGAAACUGUUUUGUCUGGAAAUCAGGAAGAGCAGCAAAGAGGGGGUAAAAUUUAUCUUCCCAAACUGAAUUUUUACAAUAAAGUCAAUCCUGAAGAUGAUACAGGAGAAUCCAAAGUAUAAUUUUUAUGAAAUAUAUUUUAUAUAUGUAUAGCAUAUAUCACAUGUAUUGCAUAUAUCAUAUGUAUACCCAAGAAGCAUAAUUUGUAUCCUUGUAUUAACUUUAAUAUCUAUUGAUCUGAAUUAUUAUAACAUUACUAUAUUUUUACCAUUUUCAUGUUGUAUUUCUUUAAACUUUCAUUUCCAUCUAAUUAUGGAAGAAUUAUACAGAGGCUUAUAGCAGGUACUUCCAUUGACCUUUUAUUGAACAAGUUAGAAAAACAUUUUUAAUACAUGUAUUAUGAAAUCUGCAUGAUUCAAAUACUUUGCUAUCAAGUAGAUAUCUAUUCUUUUGAAAUAGCUAUUGCAUUUAUAAAAUAUGACUGUUUGUAAAUAAAAUGUU